AUCAUGAACGAGUCAGAAACGUCCCAUGCCUCGUGCUCGUACUUGAACUUCGGGUAUGAUUAGAGCCCUCGCUCAUGGAUUCUCCGGCUUGUCGGGCGUGCAGCACAAGAUCCCAAAUCUUUACCAACUGUUUUUCCUUAUUUGCUGGAUAGAGCUAGCGGUUCGACCUCAUUCUCCGUCUUACUAUCAGCUUCGCUGCUUCCUCCAAUUCAUCUUAAGCCUAAGUGGUGUUAGGUCGUCGUAAGCCUAAGUGGUGUUAGGUCGUCUUAAGCAUAAGUGGUGUUAGGUCGUCUUAAGCCUAAGUGGUGUUAGGUCUUCUUCCUUUCCCUAUCGCCAUGAGCGUGCCGCCGAUGAGUGCAGCCGCCGUGGCGGCGUUUGGCGGGACGCUAUUGGAGGAGCCGCAGCGGGGAAUCGAGAUCGGCGGGUGGCGGAUCGAGUGCCGGCACGAACCGAUCCUCACCACUGACGAGACGGAAGCGUGGCAGGCGUCUUUGUCGUCUCAGUGGCUGCCCGAGAUGGUGUUUGGCCGCAGCUUCCUCCGAGUGCAGCAUCUGGCCACGGGCGUGGGCGUGCAGUUUGGGGCGCUGGAGGCGCUUAGAGGGUGGAAGGCGGGGAGGCUGCAACCGGUGAAGGUGCCAGCUGCUGCUGCCUGGGGGAAGAGAAGCCGUCCAUCCACCGACCUCAUUUUGGACUACGACUACACCUUCACCACUCCCUACUGCGGCUCUGUUAUUAGCACCUCUUCCCCUUCGGCCAACAGCCCGACCAGCAACAACAGCAGCACGACCACCACCCACACCAGCAGCGCAGUUGCUGGCGUCAGCACACCCCUCGCUUCACGUGUUGCUGACAUCAGCAUCAGCAGCAGCAGCAGCAGCAGCAGCAGCACAAGGGGGCCUGAAGGGGAGGAAGCGGUAGGAGGGGGUGGAGUAGGAAGGGAGCAGAACGGAAGGGGGGAACCCGUAGCGAGAUCAGGAGGAGGGGGAGAAAGUGGAGGGGGAGGAGGCCCGGGGGUGCCAGUGAGAGCAGAGGGAGCAGACGGGGUGAGAGAGGGAGAGGUGGAGGGGGCAGGGGAGGAAGCCACGGUGGUGAGGGAGGUUCAGGCUGUUUGGCCCGGGUCUGCUGCCUCCACAGAUUUGGAGAAUGCUGCUGCUGCUGUUGGGGGUGCUGCUGUUGCUGCUGCUGCUCCUACGGCGGCUGCUGCAGCAGCUGGUGGUGGUGAAGGUGCAGGUGGAAGGGAAGAGGGUAGCAAGCAGCAGGGGAAGGAGAGAGGGCAGUUGGAGGAGAGGCGGGAGCUGGAGGAAGGGGAAGACAGAGGGUGUUCGGACGCAGGGGAAGGGGAGUGGGAGGCGGAGUGGGUGGCGUGUGAGGGCGAGGGCAUUGACUGGGCCAUGCUGCAGCGUCGGGACCCCAUCCUUUUCUCCGAUGAGGUGGUGCUGUACGAGGACGAGUUGGCAGACAAUGGCAUUUCUCUGCUCACCGUCAGAGCUAGGGUGAUGCCAGCAUGCUGGUUCAUCCUCCUUCGCUUCUGGUUCCCACUCCCUUUCCCCCCUCCCCGUGUUCCUUUCUCCCGGCCGCCCCUAAGUUGCGUGUGGACGGGGCUCUCAUGCGAUUGCGAGACUCUCGCCUCUUCUGCGCCUUCCACUCUCCGCCUCCCACGCCUGCUCCCACUUCACUCCACAUUCCCCUCAACGCCGCCUUUCAACCUUCUGCCCUGGUUUGCCCACAUUCCGCAAGCCAAGCGGUACCCAGCCUUGCAACAGCAGCAGCGGCAGCAGCCCACACUGCGGCAGCAGAUGCUGCUUCUGCUGUUGCUGGUGCUGCAACUGCUGCUGCACCAGGACCUACACUUCGUGCCAACCAGCAGCAGGAUGAAAAACCGGGGCAACACAGGGCUGAGGAGGAGCACAAGGUCGGCUUUCCUUUGGUCAUUCGAGAGUAUACCGAACGAGAAAACACCUUUGCUGCACUUGCUGCUAAGGGAUACCCCUCUGACCCGGCAUUCUACGCCGAUCCCUUUCAAGUCAGCGACAAGCUCUCGAUCAUUGGUUCGAGGACCGAGAAAUUGCAGAUCAAGGCACUUGGUUCUGUAGCCUCUUGCAGGCUUCCUGGAAUUUGAAGGGGAAAUUCGACUCCAGAUUGCAGCGUGUGUGGUACUGUAGCAUACUGCAGGCUUCUGAAAAAAUUUAACGAAGCAUCUCUUUGACGUUACCUAUUUGUCGGUUUCCCACGAAUCACUUACUGAAGGAGAGAGGCAGGCAUGUCGAGAAGAAAAUUGAACAAGUGUUGAAUAGAGAGAGAGAACAAGGGUAUAUACCUAAGAGUGUUGUACCCUCUAAGAGCCAUAGCUGCACGCUCUCCAAGACGCUCUAGCUCAGCCACAGCCUUCAAACACCAGACAAUCUUCCUAGAUUUACAGCGGGUCACCUUCUCAUUGCUGCUCAAUUUUAGCCAAUCCUUCUUGAAUUAAUUCAAAUCUGUUUGCGGGGUCCUGUACAGCCCAGCCAUCACGUGAAUCCACGUCAUCUUCCAUUGCAGAUUAGUUUAGACCACUAGUCUCGUCUUUCCUCAUCGCCUGGUGAGAUUUGUCCUUGUGUGUCAAGUGACAGACAUUGACUAGUAGGCACUGGGCAAUGCUGUUCUGGGAAGCCAGUUUCGGCCUAGGAGGUUGUACGCACCAAGAAUGCCCACUCACGUGUCCCCUAAUAGCGAUUUGAUUCCUGAUCACGCGGUUUUAGGGCGCGUCAAUACGAGCAUUGCGCUCCGCUUGACAGCAAGGAAGGAAAAAUCCCGAAUUCCGUGAUGAGUCACUGAAAGAAAACCCCUCGCAUUGCACCAGCGUCCCUCGCUUGCGAUCGCCACGCCG